GCCAGGACUUUGGCCUAGGCGUUGAGGUCGGGGUGGUGGCUGUGAAGGGGUGGACCUCAAGCGCUAUAAAGCCUUUCUGUGCCUGAUUGGAGCUGGUGAGGACAGCCUGCCAGAGUCCGCAUUCCAGGUCUCCUGACACCAUGGGCACCCGAUACUUCCUGGCUCUGUUUCUCAUCCUCCUGGUGUUGGGAUUCGAGGUCCAGGGCGACCCUGUGCCCCAGCAGGAAGAGACUGCCAGCCCUGCCGUGCUCACCAAGGUGCAGGAAUCACUCUUAGGUUACUGGGAUCGAGCCAAGGCAGCUGCCCACAACCUGUACAAGAAGACAUACUUGCCCGCCAUGGAUGAGAAAAUCAGGGACAUAUACAGCAAAAGCACGGCAGCUGUGACCACCUAUGCAGGGAUUUUUACUGACCAGGUCAUUUCUCUGCUGAAGGGAGAACAUUAACAGCUGGGCCCCCAAUCUCGGGGGGAGACCCAGCAACCCCUUGGGUCCCCUGAUCUAUACCCCAUCCCACUUCCUAGCAACUCUCAGCGUCCUGCUCCCAACUCUAGCCUGACU